AUGGUGUAUAGAUGCACAAAGAAAGGAUGCCAAAACGCCUUUUUUAUUUCAUUCUACUCUGGCCAAAAAAUGGGGUCUGACAAUUAUAAAAAAUGUGCUCCGCUGAGAUGCGAAAUUACUGAGGACUUACCUGCCUCAAAAGUACAGAAAGAU